AUGCCGAUGAACGUAUUUCGGCUCUCGGGUGACGUGUGCCACUUGGCCAGUCUGAUCAUUCUCAUCCUCAAGCUCAAGCUCUCCAAGAACUGCCUCGGUAUUUCUAGCCGUAUGCAAGAGCUUUACUUCAUCGUGUUCGCAACCAGGUAUCUGGAUCUCAUGUUCUACUAUAUCAGCCUGUACAACACCGUAUUUAAGGUGUUGUUCCUCUUCACGACGGCCUACACGGUCUACCUCAUCCGCUUCUCCGCGCCGAUCGCACAGACGUACAACCGCAAGAUGGAUCGAUUCCCCUACGAGAAGUACCUGCUUGGCCCUGUGUUCGUGCUCGCGCUUUUCACCACGAACAGGUACCGUCUCCUCGACAUCAUGUGGACCUACUCCAUCUGGCUGGAGAGCGUCGCGAUCUUGCCGCAGCUGACCAUGCUCUACCAGCAGCGGGAAGUGGAGAACAUCACCUCCCACUACGUGGUGACGAUGGGUUUGUACCGCGCGCUUUACCUGUUAAACUGGGUUUAUCGCUACUUCUUCGAGACGCCGGCCUACGUCUGCAAGGUCUGCUGGAUCGCCGGCCUUAUCCAGACGGCCCUGUACGCCGACUUUUUCUACUACUUCGCGAAGUCUAAGUGGUACGGGAAGAGGCUCGUGCUGCCAUUCACUGGCGACGUGUGA